CAAGCAACCUUGAUGCUAAUCCGGCCAGUAGAGCCACAGCUUUUGUAGAUUUUACUAGCAAAAUCAUGGAUCAAAGUGCGCAGGAAUCGGAGCUGGAGGGUUACAACAGUGCCGAGUCGACACCUCCAGAAUCUGGGUGUACCACUCAGGACGAAGUAGUGGACGAUACCUUCAUCAAAUCAAACAACUUGGAAGAGGACGAACCCACGACGCAACAACCGGAUGCUGCAGUGACGACAGGUUCAAAACCACAAAUUGAUUCUUCUUCCGGACAUGAGAGCGUCUUGCUGCACCCCUCGUCCUCUUCUGCUGACCUCGUUCACAACAUCAUCCAAGGCAUCAAGAGCGAUGACCCUACCCUCCAACUGACCGCGUGUCAAUCCUUACUUCUGACCACUCCUCAAAAGUCAGAGUCGUCAUUGUCGUCUUCAACGGCGUCCUUGCCCUCCAUCCUCAACUCCUUGCUGGACCCCAUCAUCGAGGCGGGUCUAGUGGGUCAGAUUCUCGGCUUCACAACAUCCUCCCCAUCAUCUUCAUCCUCCUCACUUCGUACAGCGGCCGCCUGGGUGGUCGCCUCACUGGCCAGAAUCGAGUCCAAACUCCUCGUGGACAAGGGAGCUAUUCCAAAAUUGAUACAAAUUCUUACCGCGGAAAGAUUAGAUCUUACCAAUGCUUCACCCGUUAUUCCUGCCGCGUAUGGGUUGAGCGUUCUUGCAAUAACCAGCGGUGGAUAUGAUAAGCGCCUCUUCGUCAAUGAAAUUCGAGACGGUGGAGUAAUUCCGAUUCUGAGAAGUAGAGUGAGACACGUCUUGGAUGAGAUGUCCACCACGACAUCCAAUGGUGAUUUAUAUCCUCUCCUCCUCGCCCUCACCAGACUGGCCAAAAGUGUGUGCUACGUGCCCAAAAAUGUCAAGAUCACGACCGACCGGAUGUCACUCUUGAAGACUUUGUGCGAUAUUUGCGCUCGUGUCAGGAUUGACGAGAAUUCUUCUUGGACAGAAGUUGACAUCUUGUACCACGCGACUUGGGGGCUUUACUACCUCACAAAAACUGGUCGAGAAGACGCCAUGGAUGUCCUCGUUCGGCGCAAUGAGGACAACGAGAGUCCCACCAUAAUUCAAAAUCUGGUCCAUGGAGUCGCCUUGGCUCAACGUGACGGGCAGAAUCACCACUUGCGCCAAAGACUGCUCCGACCUUGUCUCAACGUGAUUGGAAAUGUCGUCUCGAGCACGGUUGACGUUCAUACUGACAUUGUUCUCGAGUGUGGCGUCCUCCCUCACCUUAAUCGCCUCAUGUUAGAGGCCGAGUGGACGGGCGAGGUCAACUGGAUCGUGUCCAAUAUUGCGGCUGGGAAUGUGACCCAAAAGGAGGAGUUAUUCCAGGCUGGAUUCUUCCCCCUUCUCUUGGACGUGUUCAGAUCCGGAAGUCUUCCAGGUCGAAAGGAAGCUGUAUUUACCGUCGUCAACAUUAUGGACAAGGGUUCCUUGGCGCACAAGGAGUGGUUAGUGAACAACGGCGUGCUUUCCUUACUAAUCCAGCUCGUCAAGGAACACCCCGACCUCGUCCUGGUCAAUGUUCUCGAUGCCAUUUACUUGUUCGUCAAGUCAUUUCGGUCUCCCAAUAAUUCACUUGACGAUGAGGACAUUUUGCAGCGGCAUCUGAACGAGAGUGGGGUUCUCGUGGAACUCAGCAAGUUUCAGGACCAUGAGGAUGACGAGGUCACAAAUCGGAUCGACUACAUUUUGGAUGUAGGACUCAAUAAUUCAAACAAUUGGAAUAUUUGACCAAAUUCAGUAUCAUGCAAAAUUUCAAUUGUAAUUAAACCUAUAUUUGCAAAAAUUUUGUCUCAACUUUUUCCCCGUUCGACACAUUAUUUAUUUUCUUGUACUUAUCAAUACUUAAAAAAUCUUCUCAUCGUCGUCGUUUCGUUGUAAAUAUUUUUACUUUGUGAAAAAAUGCUAAGAAAUGCUCGAUAACUAUUCUUUCCUCGAUAAGAUUCACAUAUUCGCAGUCACACAUAUGCAUAUCAU